UCUGGGUUCUUGGACUGUCGAUGCUUUCACUUUCGGCGUCGCACCCACACCAGCUCGAUUCGCAGCGACGACUAGCUGUGCGAAUGCUUCCUGCCCUCAUGACUUUGCUCUGGCCACAUUCAAACCCCGGCCCCUGGACUACUCCAGCCAAACGAGCGGCAUCGGCAGCAUCAUCCGACUCGUACAUCUAUUGUGUCAUACCUGAAUCAAGCAACGCUUAUUGACGCAGCCUUGCCUCGCCAUCCCGUCAUGGCCCAGCCAGUGCCCCCUUUCCUCCAAGCAUACAUGGCCAUCGUCUCUGCCCUAAAUGCGCUUGGCAACGUCCCGGCCAUCCAAGAACAGCAGCGCGGUAUUCUCCAGGGCAUCCGCGACCAAGUCCGGUCGGGUCAAGUUGCCCUCUCUCGGCUCGACUCGGCUGUUUCGGAUGAGUCUCGUCUCCUCCGUCGCUUGCAGCGCCUUUCCUUCACCAAACUCCAGACCCUUUUGGCCGGCACUCGGGGCAGCCUCAUCGAGGAGUCGCAAAAGUCGAAAUUCAGGCUCGAGCAGCAAUACCAACAACGCCAAGAGCAGCUCGAGGUUCUGCGGGCGAUGCUCCAGUCGGCGACAGUCGAGGCUGCCGAACUUGAUGCCGAACGGGCUCGCUUCGAUUCGCUCGUUAUGGAUCUACUGGCUCUGCUGGACAGCCAUUUUGCGCCGCCCACGCCCGAUCAUCCCGAAAACCAAGCCAUUCUCCAAGAGCUGGACCUGAUUGAAUCCGAGAUGGCAAAGACGCGGGACCACUUGCCACAGAUCCGCAACUCUGCCCAUAUGAUGAGUGAAGCGACUCGUAACUUGCGCCAAGCCCUGCGGUCGCUCAAGGUCGCUCUGCACCCCGAAGAAAUCGAUCGUUACUUCCGAAACCAGAUCCUGGUGCUUAACAGGAUCGAGUUCUCCAACCGGAGCCGGGACCACAUCGAUGUCGCCAACGCCCUUCUCGGGAGCCUUGCCGAGACACUUCCGGCAGAAGCUGGGGUCGAGGCCGGGGAGCUCAUCCUCUUUGGGCCCCUCGACGUGAAUCUCUCCAGCUUCAAGGCGUCCAAGCUUCAGGCACUCGAGGCCCAGCAGGUGGCACUGGCAGACAUGGCCGAAAACCUCGCCAGGCUUGAGUCCCAACUGUGGUGUCGGGUAGACCGGCUGCAGAACCAGCUGGCGGCUCUGAGCUCACAAGAGAGAAGCGCCAGAGCUCGGCUCGUGCGCUAUCGCCUCUCGAAUCUGUCCUACGAAUAUGAGAGUCUGGCUGGGAGAUUGGUGAUUCUCGAGGUGCCGAUAGAACCCUGAGCUCGACACUCUACACAUGAGCUAACGGGAGGUCUUCGCUAUACCUCAUGAGAGCGUAGUAUGCGUCAAACAAAGCCAUAUGCAGCGAAAAA